AUGCACUUGAACAAUCACAAUAUAGUUUCUCUCUCUCUCUCUGUCUCUCUCCGUCUGCAUAUUUCAAUUUGGAUGCGAGAUGCCGAAGCCAAUGGAAUCAGCGACCAAGAGCGGUCCCUAUCCAGGUGGGUUGGGUCCAUUCACCGGAGAGACCCCAAUGUAAAGAAGCCUCCAUGGUUGAGACAGAAAGCUCCUCAGGGUGAACGAUUUUCUCAAAUUAAAGAAUCUAUCUCUCAGUUCAAACUCAAUACUGUUUGUGAAGAAGCACAGUGCCCCAAUAUAGGAGAGUGUUGGAAUGGAGGUCAUGAUGGUAUUGCAACUGCUACAAUCAUGGUUCUAGGGGAUACGUGCACUCGUGGAUGUAGAUUUUGUGCUGUCAAAACCAGCACUAACCCACCACCUCCUGAUCCUAUGGAACCCCCAAAAUACUGCCAAGGCCAUUGCCACUUGGGGGGUGCUGUGGAUUAUAUUGUCAUAACAAGUGUCGACCGAGAUGAUAUACCUGAUGGAGGAAGUGGCCAUUUUGCACAAACUGUGAAAGCUAUGAAGAAUAUCAAACCUGAGAUCAUGGUUGAGUGUUUAACCUCUGAUUUUCGGGGUGAUCUAAAGGCCGUAGAGACUCUGGUUCACUCGGGUUUAGAUGUCUUUGCUCACAACAUUGAGACAGUCAAACGGCUUCAAAGACUUGUUAGAGAUCCCAGAGCUGGGUAUGAACAAAGCUUGGCAGUUCUAAACCAUGCAAAACAAAGCAAGGAGGGUAUGAUAACAAAAUCUUCGAUAAUGUUGGGCCUUGGAGAAUCUGAUGAUGAGUACUUGCAGCCUACUCCUUUGCACUUGACCGUUAAAGAGUAUGUUACGCCUGAGAAGUUUGACUUCUGGAAAGAAUAUGGGGAGUCUAUUGGUUUUCGUUAUGUGGCCAGUGGUCCACUGGUACGAUCUUCAUACCGAGCUGGGGAGCUGUUUGUACAGACAAUGGUUAGAGAAAAGACCAAGAAUGUAGAGGGCUCAUUAUUAUAA